GUUGUUACUUCACAAAAUAUACUCGCGAUCUUUGCACUAAGGCUGGAAUAAAAGGAUGGGUUAAAAACUCCAAGCAAGGGACCAUAAUAGGGAAAAUACAGGGUCCAAAAGAGGAAGUUAAUAGGAUGAUUGAUUGGCUCUCAAAGGAAGGAUCUCCCGGCUGUCAAAUUGAGAAAUGUAUUUUGCAAAAUACCACAACUCUUAACCGRUUGGAUUACAAGGACUUUGCAAUUAGAUUUUAGGAUAUAUAAAUUCAUACAUAUAUACCCUUCGUUGAUUGUUUAAUAAAUAUAUUCAGAAAACAAA